GCGCGCUAAAGCCAAAGUAGCACCAGUGAAGGGCGGAAAGCGGUGCGUUACAGGUUGUUUGUAUACAAACCUCCCCCGCGCCGCUUGAGUACAAAACAUCUAAUUGCAGUUAUGCGUAAUAAAGAGAAAGAGGUCGCGCGUCUGGAAUGUGGUUCUCCAGUCGGGAAAUAGGCAAUCGCUGCUUGUUCACAGAAGUGUGGGAUGCCAAAUAAACCACCAACGUCGAAGUAAUCAAACGACGUUUUCAAGUCGACUCGUGUGGGCGUGUGUUCACGGACGACUGAAGAUUCUUCUAGCCUUUCCACUGGUGAGGCGUAUGCCCUCAAGUUCACGCUGCGCAAAAUGAAUGAUCAGAUGGUCAGACAGCGCGUAAGGAAUCACAAUCGUGAUUUCCUACCACAGCACCAUGGGACUCGAACUCGGAACAAUAAGUACCUGCUACCAACACCAACUUCACAUCUAGUCAUAGUAUUAGCUCUUCUUCUAGUCCUGUGUUUGCUCAUCACUUAUCUAGAAAAACAGUUACCGACACCACUUAUGGAAGAAGAUGCUGCCACACAUCCUGGAAGAUUCAUAUCUGAAAGAGCCAUGAAAGAUUUAGUCAAUCUCACAAGCAUUGGACCAAGACCAACAGGGAGCUAUGAAAAUGAAGUGCUUGCUGUUCGGUGUUUAGCAACAAGAAUCAACAAAAUCAUUAAAGAUGCAAAGUCCUCUCAUAAAAUCUGGCUUGACCUUCAGAAGACAAGUGGAGCAUUCCCCCUUUCAUUUCUGGAUGGGAUGACUAAUGUUUACAGAAAUGUACAAAAUAUUAUUGUUAAAGUUGGACCUAACAGUGGAAGUCAUCACAGCUUGUUGAUGAAUUGUCACUUUGACACUGUGCAGGACAGCCCAGGAGCCAGUGAUGAUGGAGCUAGCUGUGCUGUAAUGCUGGAAAUAUUUAGAGUAAUAACACAGAGAGAUGAACCUCUGAAUAAUAAUUUAAUUUUACUGUUUAAUGGUGGUGAAGAAAAUCUUAUGGAGGCUUCACAUGGUUUCAUCACCAAACAUAAAUGGGCAAAAGAGGUCAGAGCUUUCAUAAAUCUUGAAGCAUGUGGUGCUGGAGGCAGGGAGGUUCUCUUUCAAGCAGGCCCAAAUAAUCCAUGGCUAAUGCAGAAGUACUCUGAAUCUGUUCCAUAUCCAUAUGCUUCAUCAUUGGCACAAGAAAUAUUUCAAAGUGGUAUUAUUCCUGGUGAUACGGACUUCAGAAUUUUCAGGGAUUUUGGGAACAUUCCAGGUCUCGACUUCGCAUGGUCGACAAACGGCUAUGUGUACCAUACUAAAUAUGACAAUGUGGAACAAAUUCCAUUGGGUACUCUGCAGAGAACAGGUGACAAUAUUCUGGCUCUUACUCUCAAUAUGAUCAACAGCCAGGAAAUUGUUGAGGCAGAACUACACAGUGAAGGAAACUUAAUAUUCUUUGACUUCCUGGGAGCAUUCAUUGUGCGGUGGUCUCAACUGUUGAACAGAUUCAUGAACAUUAUUGCAGUUGCUUUUUCGGUUUAUACUGUGAAGCAGAAUAUGAUAGCUGCCACUGAUCAUGAUGUGAAGAAAAAUGUGUACUGGAGACAUCUUUGUAUGACUGCAGUGUCUGCUAUAUGUUCAUGGCUAUUAGGAAUUUUGGCAUGUAUAACAAUAGCUGUUAUUCUUACUUCAAUAGGAUGUACUAUGAGCUGGUAUGCUAGGCCAGUGUGGAUUUUUUUCUUGUACAUAAGCCCUGCACUUGCUGUGCCAAUGGCUUUUAUCCUUGGCCUUAGCCAUAUUCAGAGAAAGGUGUUCUCCUCUCCAUGGACAGUUUUCCAACUGUAUUGUGAUGGUUAUCAAAUUGCAUGGACUUCAAUACUCACAUUCUGCACUUUGCUAUCAGUGCGCAGUGGUUUUGUUGCCUGGAUGUGGACAUUUUUUCCAUGUAUUGUGAGUCUGUUGCAGAGAAUAACCUACCGUCGUUGGAGAGACUGGAAGUGGCUUGUCCUGCAUGUUGGUGUCAUCCUUCUACCAUUUUGUCAGUGUUUUUAUUUAAUACUUGGUGCAAUGGGUCUGUACAUACCCAUCAUGGGACGUGCUGGUUCAGGCAACUAUUCUGAAAUUGUUCUGGCUGGCAUCACUUCAGCAAUGUUUGUUUUGUUGUUCAGUUUUAUAACUCCACUUAUACUACUAGUGAGAAGACCAACAAGGAUACUUGGUCUUUUUGGAGGCCUCUCUCUCGUGGCUAUUAUUCUUUUAAUUUUAACACCUCUGGGCUUCCCAUAUUCAGGGGAUCCAGCUUCUCCUGCCCCACAGAGAUUCAUGAUAGCACAUACGAAACAAGUAUUCCACGAUUCAUCAGGCAGAGAGUAUCACCAUGAGUCUGGUUAUUGGCUAGUUGACAUGGAUGUGAACAGCCCCCAGUCUGUGAAAUCCAUAGUUCCUCACAUAGAACAAGCAAAAAUGGUACAUACUUCAAGUGAAGAAUGUCGCCGCCAACUAUAUUGUGGCUUCCCAUAUCUGCUACCUGUCAUUACAUUCCUGGGGAAGACUCACUGGAUUCCUGCUCCAGAUCCACCAGUUCCAAUACCGGUAACACUGAAACUUGUAUCCAAGGAAAAUAUUGGUAAAAAUUUGCUGAACAUGACAUUUACAAUAACAGGACCAGACCAUAUGGGGAUAAUGAUGGCUCCUGCCAAUGGAUUUCAGCUCCAAAGCUGGAGUUUUGUUGAAGGUGAGCCACUUGUAGGUCCAAAGUGGAAUGAGAGGGAUACAUACUUUAUUUAUUAUGGCUGUGCUUCAGAUCCAGUUCCUUGGACAUUCUGGAUAAUUCUAAAGGGUGAAGGAAGAAUUAACGAAACACUGGACAUAGCAGUGACAAGUCAUUUUCUACAUGGACUGCACAAGACUUCACCAGGACUUGACCAGCUUUUACAGUACUUCCCAUCAUGGACAACUGUAUCAGCCUGGGUUGCAACAUACUCCUCAUGGAAAUUUUGAAGUUCUGAACUGUUAAACACAGUAUAGACAUAAUGAAUGAAUCAAGCUGCACAGGACUUGGUUCAUGGAUUUUAUUUUGUCUCCUGUAGGAGACACGUGGUAAAUGUACAGUUUUGUAAUACUUUUUUAAAACUGGAAGGGCCUCUGCUGUUAUUGCUGGCACUAUUUUACCAGAAAUAUUUUUUUUCCCUGUUAAAUAUUCAUUUUUGAGUGACACCAUUAGUUUACAGAAUGUAUUUUUAAGAACAGUAUUUACUUAAUUUUUUUAUUCCUUUUAUAUUACAUUGAUCUCUCAGGAAUCAGUAGUAAUCUUUGGAAUAUUUUGUGUCUAUAUAUGAAUUUUGAUUCCUGUACUGUCCAUAAACACAUGGCCCACUUCGGCCUUAAUUAACACUAAGAGUUAUAUGUUUAUUUGAAAAGCUUUUUUACAGUUAUUAAGUACUGGUAAUAUCAGCAGAAUGUAAUAAAUAUUAUACAACUACUGUUUGGUAUCAAUCCUACAUUUUAGUCGGGCAACAUAAGCUAUUUGUAACUAACAUUAUGUGAAAAGACAAAGAUGUGUGAUAUGGCAAUACAUAGGAGAAACACAUACAUAACUCAUUUGCAAGUAUUGAAUAUUGUUUACCUAUAAUUUGUAACUUGUAUUUAAAAUUUUUGUAAGCCCUUUCAAGUUGGAUAGGAAACAAUUUUUGAGCAGUAUUUUUUUAAGUGUGCUGUGUUAUCAUAUAAAGCGUUGUUGAGAUUGAAUAUUAGCUAUUAAGGCUGUGUAGAAAAAAGUGUAAAAGAAAUGGGCAGAUAAUAUCUACCACUACAAUCAUUAACAUAUCUACAAAAUGUUUUUUUAAAUGCUAAAUUUGUUAACAUUGUUGAGAGAGUAUAGUUUUUUAUAGAUGUUUUCGUAUUGGACAUUUAAGAAGGGACAUUAUUUGUUUGCUUUGCAGCAGUUGCUAAUUUUGUUGUUUGAACAACCUAUUGUCUAAGCGAUCAUAGGUUUACUAUUCAUAGACAAGCUGUUAAAAUGUGUUGUAGCAGAGAAGAAAUGUAGACAGCUUUCAUCCCGGGAACAGUGUCUGUAUUAUCUUUUUGAUACAGAUCCUUAAAAAUCAAGUUUUACGUGACAGUGAUAAAAAUGUUCAAAGUAUUAACCAGUACUUAAGUAUACAUGUUGCAUACAAUAGUUGUGUGUGGAUGAGAAUAUUUAUGAUGAAAAUGGAAGUGAUCUGUCCGUGCAAGUCAAAUUAUUGCUGUUGUUUUUUUAACUGCUUUUAAUUGUGAUAAAAGUGUGCAUGCUUAUCGAAAUAAGAUUCAAAGAUACGAAUUUUAGAAAUUCGUAUGUUUUGUUAGUAUGUUCAAGGAAGUUGAAUGUGAGUCUAGUCCUGUUUUUGUGAUCUGUUGUGUUUGUUAUUACAACAGAGUGUUCUACACAAAUGUUUGUAUUCACAGCUAAUUACAUUUAUUCCAUGGUUUGAAACUUUGUUCUUAAGAGGAUGAUAAAAAAUUGAGGUUGAGAGUUUCUUGCAUUAUGUGCUGUUUUAUUGUUGUUUUGUAUUUACACACAUAAGUCUCAUACCAUCACACUACAUAACCAGCAUUUUUAAUAACUGUCUUUCCUUCCCUUCUUCAUCCCUCUUCUGCCAGUCUUUCUACUUUAGUAGUUUCCAAUAAGCUAUUGACACUACCCACUAAGUUAUACUGAUUUCAGUUGUCUCUUUUUGCGCCACUGUUUUUUACUGAAAGUAUAUAAUAUCUCUCAUCGUAGUCAGAUUUACACUUAAUGAAUAUGUGCAGUUCACAAAUUGGGGAGGGGGGGGGGGGGAUGCAUAUAUCACUCAAUUAAUGUGUGUUCGAGUGGAAUUGCGAUGCUAAUUUUCAGGAAACUUGUGUAAUCAGUUAUAUGAUUUAGAAAUUGUCAGUAGGGUGUUCUCAAUGAUCAUAUUUUGUUUAUGUGCCUAUAAACAGCAUUUGAGCCGCAUGCCUGAUUCAGUGAUACGAAAUAGUAAACUGACAUCUCUUUAAGGCGCUGAGAAUUUGUGACUGUAUGUGGAAAUGCUUCUGCUCAGUAGUAUGGUGUAAACUCAGAAUUUUUAAUCAGUAUGAGCAUCUACAUGUGUGUGCACUCGGUAUUCAUGUAACAACAAUCUUAAAUGAUUAUCAUUGUACAAAAUCGUUGAGGCCUUCCUAGCCACUUGUUGACAUAUUGCCUGUUGACUUCCUUCUUGCAUUCUUCAUCUAAUGUUUUGUCAUAGAUUUUUCUGACAUUUUGCAGCCACUCACUGUGGUGAAACAUUUUAAAAAAAUUGUACAACAUUGUCCAAAAAAUCUGAAACGGAAACCAUCAGGCAGUAUACCAAUUAUUAUUUUAGCAGCACUGAAAUAAUCUUUCCAUAUUUCUCAAAUUGGCAACAUACUGGUUCAAACAUAAAAUUUCAACACUGUUAUUGUGGUUAAUAAUCACGAGAACUGCCACAUCCAUGUCAGUUAUCACCCUGUAAUGUAUAUUUUUACCAUUGUGUACAAAAUGAUAAAUUAUUCCACUUCAGGUUUCAAAAUCAAGGUUUGACAAAAUAUAAUAAUGGUUGAAGCAGGUGCUGAAACAUCCUACCACAUGCUCAUAAAAAUAGAACAUUCAAUGUAUAACUAUGCCACAUGCAGUUUUGCAGGUAGUACAGUUAUCAGCUAAAGACUUCUUGGUUUCAAAAAAACAUUCAGUUUGUGUUUUCAUUUGUUGGUAACACAUGUCCUGAAAUAUUAUUUCUUUCAUAAUGCCUAAAAUCAAAUUAGUCAUACACUUUACCUAGAUUCACUCAGCUGGUACACUAUUUAAAACAAUAUGGCAGCUGAUAUGAAAGUGUACUUGUUUCAUGCUCAUGGUUACUAUCUUUAUUUCAAUGUAAGUUAAUUUUGCAUGUAGAAUACUCAAUAAAAUACUGUUAUGGGUUUACCUGUUUUAUAAACAAAUAUUUUGUUUCUUCCCUUACUAAAUCUGACACGCCUGCAUUGAGCUGUUUGUUCACCCCCAAGUCUCGCAUAUUCUGUGUAUUAGGUUAUGUGGACUGGAGAAGUUGUGUGUCAAAGAUGUUUAUGAAACUAAGAUGAUACUUCUGCAAGUAUCCUCUGCCUUUAAACUACAGAUUUACAUUGUGUGUGCACAAUUUGAUUAUUUUUCAGCAAUCACUAGCAUGUUUGUAUUUCAUAUACAGUAAAACUUGCUCAAAAUUGAAUUGUCUGGAAUUGAAAUAAUUUUCCAAAUUGGACAAGUUUCCGAAUUACACAAAACUCACUUGGGCUAUGUAAAAUUUGUCAGGUAUCGUGCACAAAACUACAAUAGAAACUUCUAAUUAUGCAUAUACUGUAUUUACAUACCUUCAAUCCAUCACAGUAGAUGUUCAUUUACUGUAUAUUGGACAAUAGAACACUGGACUAUUAUACUAACUGAUAAAUAACAUGGCAUUUCUAUAUUUUUACCAGAACUUUAAAUUUGUUUAUUAUGGUGUGUACAUACAUAUUACUCUCAUGUUUAUUUGCUUUACAUUUCACAUUUUUCACCACAUAUCAAAGAGGAAAACUCAUUUUAAUUUCCUGUCCAAAACUGUUUUUUUUUCCCCUCUAGGCAAUUUUUUGCACCAUACAGUAGUUCCAACAACUUGGGAGAAUUUGUGUGUGCUGCAAAAUGCGUAGCAUCGUUUAUGCAUGCAGUGGCUUCAUCAUCAUCCUGUGUGUAGCAGAUUUCUCUGAUGUGAAAGUGGAGUGAGUUGACAGAAAGUCAUCACUUUGAAUGUAACCAUUUGCACUACGUGAAAUGUUUCGCAUUUUCAUUAAUUCAGGAAUUGCUGAUGCAUUUUCUUGAACUUCAAUGGCCACAGAAGCAUCUUGUUCUUGACCCCCAAACCCCACUUUGUUCAAGCACUGCUAAGCCAAUCCAAUUUACUGCAUCCAGGACAGAAACUGACCAUGCAAGAACACACACACUUUCGGCUUCUUCAACACUAAGAAUAAGAAAAUGCAUCAGUAAUCACAUCUAAUGACACUUGAAUGUAUAAAUAACACCCUGAUCCAUGGGUUGUGUGAGGAUAGUUGAACCUGGAGGGAACCAAGCCAAUUUUAAGUGUGAUAAUGUUACUUUCAGGUGGCAGUUUGCAUUGCCUAGGAAAAGGAGAAAUUAGUGAUUUCCUUUUUUCAUUUUGGCAUUGAAAGAGCCCAGCCAUUCUUUCAAAAGACUACUCACCAUCCACACCUUUGUAUUGCUUCACCUUGUGAGUGGAAGCUUACUGACGUCUGUUUUCGAAACAAUGCGGUUUUGCCAUCUUUCCAAUUGACAGUGGCUUCUCCAUUUCACCCAACAUGUUCCCACACAGAAGUACAGCUAGUAUUUCCUUGGACAUUUUCCUGAUGGUGCACAUUUCACCUUGAACUGGUAGUUAUUUUGAAGGCAGCCUGUGAUAACACAAUCCCACUUCAUUGGCAUUGAACACAUUUUUCAGGUCAUAAUUCACAGUUAAGUUGGACGGUAUUGUCUUCCAUUCUGUUCCUGCACUCCUUAACUUCCCCACACACUUCAUUCCACACAAUGUUGUGCCUAGCUUUGAAACUGUGCAGACUCCACAAUUCCAAGCUCUUUAGCGACUUCCAGAACUCGCUCUGCAACAAGGGUCCAGAUAAAGGAAGUUUUUUGCCUGCGCACUUAUGAACCAUUCCCACACUAUUUCAUUAAUUUCUUCAUUUCCAAUCUUUGCCUUUCUGUUCAUCUGCCCAUUCCCUUUCAGCCAUUCAUCCUGAAUCUUAUCCUUGUUUCUUAAAGCCUCAUAAAUUUGUGUUUUACUGCAUUUGAAACGCAACAUAAUUUCGCGCUCAGAGUUUGUCUUUCUCACUCACAUCGAUUACAUUAAUCUUUUUGUUAAGUGUUAAUGACCAUUUUUUCGACAUGUUACUGUAGCUCUUUAAAACGCUACUAAGGCAACUGAAAUUGGCAGAAAAUAAUGAUCCAGACAGGUAAAACUAUUGUUUAACGGAACAAUACCCACCUCUUUCACUGCACACAUUGCAGCAGGAUGUUGGUAAAUGCACAACAGUGUUCCUGUAUGUGCCGGUGUGCGUCAAUAAUGAGGAAAACGAGAAAGCCGACAGAGUGCCGAUGAAUGAAAGAUUUCCUUUGAUUUACUGUUCUGACACUUAAAAGAACUAAUUUGUUGUUGCACAGAGCGGCGCGGUUUUGGGUCCACAACAGCAGUGUCAUGCUGCACUGGACCUCUCUUGUUGGGUUUGCACUGCUUAACAGAGGUGGUGUAAGCUCAGGGACCUCAGCAGUUUGGUCCCAUAGGAACUUACCACUACGUACCAGUAACAUCCUUGUAGAGUCGUGAAUCUCUAAUGAACCGUAAUAUGGUAGUACAGUAUAGGCUCUUUUCCUUAUUAUACAAUGAAUUAUUAUGUAUUUUCUAAGAUUUGCUUUCCAUUUCCGCGUUAGGCACGUUCCGCUUUAUACAAAAAGUCAGCCUAUAACAGUGCACUGAAUGCAUCAGGAUUGAAAUAAUUGUACAGUUUGGGCAGAUUUCCAAAUUAUAGAUGUGCCAGUUUGAGCAAGUUUUACUAUAACAAGUGUCAAAAUGAAGACAAUGUGAUGGUUGCCACCUAGAAGCUGUAUUGAGUAGCUUGUGUAGCGCAUUGACAAAGUAGUCAUAAGGUGUAUAUCACUCUUACAGAGGCCUGUAUGUGUAUGCUAAAAUUGCUGUAGAACAUCGAAGAUUCAUUGGUACUGACACAACUCCUCUUCAGUUGUUAAAUAACUUAAUGUCACAUGCAACUCUUUCUCUUCAGUAUUUAUUUCAUUGGACUGAGAAUUAUUUGGCUAUAGAGAAAAUAACUUGAAAGUAUAGUGUGUCCACUGUUGUUGAGCAUGUGUUGUCAUGACACUGCACACAUUUUAUGGUUUUCAUUUUCCCCAAAUGUAUUUUGAAUGGUUUAGUGUUUUUAUAAGUUCUCACAAUAUGGUGUUUGAUAAUUCUGACAUUUACCAGCAUUCAGACAUAGAACCUUGGUCAUACCAGAUGACAAGACCAGUAUGUCUUUUGACAGUACAGACAAAAUGUCAUGUCCAGGUGAUAAGGAAAGCCUACAUUUGAGAUAUUGUGUUCACUCAAAAUGGUAGCACCAGAGCAAUAAUAAUUUGCACAGAGAUUUAACUGAUAAUGGUACUGGACAAUGUGAUGUAGGGAUGCAUGAACAUCAGACUGUUUGUUCUGUAAAAUGUUAAAAUGUCCACUGAAUAUGAUGCAGCAUACACAUUAGGUAUUUUAUCCUAAGAAUAAAGUUGGUUGGUUUGUGGGGGUUGAAGGGACCAGACUACAAAGGCCGUCUAAGAAUCAAGUAACUGGCCAUACAAAACCUGAUGUUUUUAAUCUUCUUCAAUGGGACUUGUCUAUGGACUCAGUUACAAAUCUUUUUCAAAUGCAUGCCACUGUCGCACCCCGCCCUCUGCCCCAUCAUGUAAUUUUCCAGUGAACUAGGUCACAACAUCUGACCUGUUCUUGUCUGAAUUCAGUACCAAUGCAGCAAUAAGCCGAAACAGAUUGACAUUGGAUGUCAGCACAACGCACAGGUCCCUCCUCAUUGUAAAGUGCAAGGUCCUUUUUACCAUAUAAAUAUGGUUAGGCUGCUAGAACACUGGCAGUAGAUCUUGCAAAAGGGGAAGGGAAAAGAGAAACUGUCUGUUUCAAAAUUUUCUUACUUGGCAGUUUUACACAUGGUAAAUAUAUUGCUUCUUAAGUAUCAUGUAUUAAUCAUAAUUAUUCAUUCUCAAUAGGUUUUUAAUAAAACAGUAGGAAUAUUUUUCACAUAUUCAGCUACUGGCUCACGUUCGUAUAGUGUGUGUGUGUGUGUGUGUGUGUGUGUGUGUGUGUGUGUGUGUGUGUGUGUGCAUCUCAGAUUUAUAAAUGCUCUUUCAAAUAGAACAUCUUAAGAAUACAUUUUUUCUCAUGUACUACUGCACAGCCAAGAAUUUGAUUGUUAGAAUAUUUAACAAAGGCAAGAUAGUCCAAAAUAAAGCUUCACUGAAACCACUAGCUAAACAAAAAGUUAAAUGGAUUGCAAAUGUGCUGAAUGAAGUGCUACUUCAGUUGUAGAAGUAAGUUUUAAAUUAACAUUAAUGUUUAUUAAUUGAAUUGUCAAAAUUUAGUUUAUGUAAGCAGAAUCUCUGUUUACAUCAAUUUGUUUUGCAUCCCCAAAAUUUGUUAUAUUACUAUUUGUAGGACACGAUGUAUAAAUGAAUGAAAGGAAACAAAACUGAAAAGUUGGAAAUUCACAUAGACUAUAUCAUCUUUGACUGAUACUCUUUCUACUAAUUUACAUGUAGAGAUUUUGAAUUGUCACUACUUAGAACCUUAUUGAAAACAUUAAUAUACUGUGAUUUAUUUACUAUAAAACUGUACUUGAUACUGUGUUCUUCCAGAAAUAAAUCUUUAACUCUGAGGAGAUUUUACGGUACUCGAAACACUGUGCAAGCAAUAUUUUACAUCUGAGCUGUACAAAUACAUCUUUAAAAUGGUAUGAAAGGCUGUCAGUUGUUGAUGGAAUUCAUGCCACAGAGUAGUAAAGCACACAGCAUUAUUUCUUGACAAAACAUUUGUCUUGACAUUAAUAAAGUGCCAUACUUCUGAACUA